AUGGAAUGUCUGUAUUUUUUUAUUUCUAUAGAGCUACGCGAAUCAUUGCGUCAAUUUUUUUCUGAGCAAACUCAGGUCUAUCUCGAUGAAGAAAUUCGGGCAUAUGUUGAACCGAUACAGAAUGGACAAUUAGAACAAGAUGGUUUAAUAGAUCAAUGGUUAAAAACAUUCCAAGAAUGUAAAUCUUAUACUCGUAUUCAACCGGUUACUGAUGAAGAUUUAUUUUCGAACAUAUAUCAUUCUGUUUUGCUCACAGAUCGUUACGAAGAUUUGUUGCUCUUAGAAGUAAAGUACCAAGAUGAAAUUAAAGAUUUGUUAAAUGAUAGAGAUAAACAAAUACAAGAAUUAGAUACAAAACAUUCUCGUGAAAUGCAAGAUGUUGUUAAUGAGCCAACAAACAAAUAUCCAGAUGUAUAUGUUCGAAAUGUAGCACAAAAACAUAUGGAAGAUAAACAGUUAGUCGAAGGUAAAUGGAAUAGUGAAAUAAUAUCAGUGAAAGAACGUCAGAAACAAGAAUUCAAAAACUAUGUUAUGCAAUUAUCAUUACAAAAUCAACUUAAUCAGAGUUUACAAGCUAAUAAAAUACGUCGUAAACGGAAUACAAAUUCUCUGGUAUUAUCCGUAGAUGAAUCAACAACUCGACGUUUAGAAACAAGUUAUACCGUACAAUUAGGUGCGCAGUUAAAGUCAAUGCACAAUUUACGUUUAAUUCGGUGUGAUAUAUUAGAAUUCUGCCGUUUAAAAACAUAUAAAAAGGGAAAUCAAGUAUUUUUCGAGCCUCAACGUUUACAAACAUUAAUGUCAUUAUUUUCGAAUUCCUUAUCUGGAGUCGUUUUAUUAGUGCAGAAGAGAAGUUUGUUAAAAGCAGAUAUGAAAGAAGAAUUUGGCUCUGUUUGCGAACGAUCGACUGAUUUCCAUUUUCCUUCAUAUGAACAACAAAUGGCAACGAUUGACGAUUGCAUUGAACAAGCAAAUCAACAAAGAACUGUCACAUCAUCAUCAUCGGCUCAAAUAAGUCAAUCAAAUUCAAAUGCUGAUUUACAAUCGAUCAAUAGUAAACAUAGUGCAAGCGAUGAAGAUCGUAAACUGUGUAGUGUUGGUGAUUUUUAUGUCACAAAGCAUUCGAACUUAUCCGAAAUUCAUUUAGCAUUACAUCUAGUUGUUGAUGAUAGUUUAAAAUCAUCGGAUAUUACUUCCAGACAUCCUACAAUACUAGGUCUGAGAAAUAUAUUAAAAGCUUGCUGUAGACAUGAUGUAACAACAUUAACAUUACCCAUUUUACUCACCCAUGAAAUGACGGAGGAAAUGACCAUCGCAUGGGUUAUGAAACGUACUGAAUUGGUUUUAAAAUGUCUGAAAGGUUUUAUGAUGGAAAUGGCAACUUGGGGAACAAACAAAUGUACUACAAUUCAAUUGAUUGUACCUAAGAGUCUUCUUGAACAAACAUUUUAUUCAAUGGCUGAUUUAUUACCAACGAUAUUUCGAGAAUCAAGAACCGUUACAUUAAACAUAUGA